UUUUCAAAUUGUGAAUUCAUCGCAUAAAACCGCUUUUUGUUUUCAUACCAUUAUUAUACUUCACUUAAGUUGAAAACCAUAUAUAUAAUCUUGAUAGUUAAUGAAUAGCAGCAGAAAGGCCUAGCGGUAACCUCAAGUUAUUUGAUUAUUUUUUAUUUAUAUUUAUUUCGUAACGAAAAUAUGUUAAUACUUGUUUACAUCAUCACUAAUAUGAAUUAUUUUAAAUUUGUAAAAGAAUUUUAAGGUUUUAUUUGAAAAUGAUUGAGAAAAUGGAAUUUAUAUAGGGAAAUUUUGCCUUUUAGAGAGCAAAGUUUGGACAAAAUCUCAUUUUAAAUGAAAAAUGUAUACCGUAAAUAAAUAUGCGCAUUAAAAUUUGAAAGCAACACAUUUAGGCUAUCGAACUGCAUAUAAAAUGGUUGGUUAAGUUAAAUAUUUGAUUUUUAGUAAAUUAAAUAAACUUAAAAGUUUGUCCGUUGGAGAUGUUAAAUUGCACUGGAUCGUUCUAUUUUGUUACUCAUCUUUUCACCUCGCUUCUCAAUUUAAGAAGGUAUAGCAAUUUGUAGGUAUUUCUUCAUCUAUAAAUUAGUACAUAAAGUGUAUAUUUAAUUAAUAUAAAACAGGAAUUUAUAAAAGUGAAAAUGUCUGAAACAAUUGCUGUUGCGAAUAUUAGCUCUCCGGUAGCCGGAUCUUCUGCUAUUUCUGAGAAAAAAGUUGCUGCUAAAAAAACAGUGAAGCCAAAAAAGCCUUCAGUCGCUCCUACUCAUCCCCCAACUCAACAAAUGGUUGAUGCAUCAAUUAAGAAUUUAAAGGAACGUGGUGGCUCAUCACUUUUGGCUAUUAAAAAAUACAUCAGUGCUACAUACAAAUGUGAUUCUCAAAAAUUAGCACCAUUUAUUAAGCGAUAUUUGAAAUCGGCUGUUACUAGUGGUAAACUUAUUCAAACUAAAGGAAAGGGUGCAUCCGGUUCGUUUAAAUUAUCAGUGGCUGCCAAUAAAUCAAGUAAAUCCGGUGAAGGUAAAUCGAAGUCAAAAGCGGUAAAAUCUAUCGAGAAGAAGCCCAAAAAGAAAUCGACAGAUGGUGUAGCGUCAAAAAAGAAGGCAGCGGUUGGCGGUAAGAAAAUAAGUGGCGAGAAAAAAGUGAAGAAAACUGUUACUAGCAAGAAAACAGCGGAGAAGAAGAAAAGUGAAAAAGCCAAAACGAAAGAUGCAAAAAAGACUGGAUCAGUUAAAGCCAAACCAGCUAAAGCUAAAUCGUCUCCGAAUAAAGCAAAGGCAUUAAAAGCUAAAACACCUAGUGUCAAAACCAAGAAAGCAGCGGUCAAUAAGAAACCGGUCACCAAGAAAGCGCCAACUAAAAAGUAAAACCUAGGGCUACAAAAAUUCUUAACAUAUCGAUCAGAAAUGGAUUUUUAUCAAAAACACACGGACAUCAUAUAAAUAUUUAAACUACGUGUCACGUUUAUAUCUCAUUUGUGUUAAAAGUAAAACAAUUCAUACAUAAAAAAAAAAAUAUAUAUUUCUAAACAUAA